UUCCUCCCUGCAGUAAGAAGCAGCUCUCUGCAUAGAGGGGCUUCUGUGGGCCUGUGCACCCUUCCCUAGCGUGGUCCCUUGGCUGGAUGAGGAGAGGGAGCACAUCUGUGGGAUUUCAAAGGAAUGAAGGAAAAGGGGAGCUGAGGGUCCCAAGAGAAGGGAACAGGUCCCCAGGGUUGGCGUGUCUGUGAAGGUGAUUGGGAGCGAGGCUUGGGGAUGAGGAAGGGCAUGAUGUAUGGAAAGAAGGCAGUGCUGUGGGGAUAAUAGGGAAGGAAGGAUGGGAAUGGAGUGAGAAGUCAUCCAUGGAUUGAGAGGAUUACCAUACAAGAGGAACCUGCCCCGCUCCAAGGAAUGAUAGGGGAGUGGGUGGAAAUGGGGCCUGGACAGCUCUUUAAUCCUAAUGAUUUUGCCUGUCCAUCCAGCUUGCAUAUUUUUGGCCACAGAAGGAAGGGGGUGGGGUGCAGAGGCAGCUAAAAAUAGGGAUGUCCCUGCCCAUUCCCCCAAGGCGGGCAUCCGUCUGUCUGUCUGCUGCCUGCGGGGCUGCUGCGGGAUCUGGAGGAGGGGAGCAGGCCCGGCCUCCUCCCCAAAGAGUCUGGCUCCGCUUUUGUUUGUCUCUGGGCCCUACGGGGACAGGAAGAGGCUGCGGGGCCGGGAAACAAUGGCUCAUUCUCUUGGCGUCAGCGCCUGGCCAGCAGUGAUAGGGGACGUGGGCUCCCGGCCAGGAGGAGGCAUGGCCUCGGCCGCCCCAAGGAGACAGUUGGGGACAACGCCAGGAGAGCUGUCUGGAUGUGGGCUGUCUUCCCCAGCCCGUCCCUCUGUCCUGCUGCACCCCAUGCCCUAUAUCAGGAGUGGCCUCAUGUAGGCAUGCCCUAUGGAGGAGGUGAUGGAGGUGAUGGCAGCCACUCAGCGAGAGGUGGGAGGUGGCACUGGGGCAACACUUCCUUUGUCCUUGGCUCUAUGAAACCUGCAGGGAUGGUGCAGGACAAAUUUGGCACCCCAGCAUGUUGGUGACCAAGGGAUGUGGAUGAGUGUGUGUUGCAGGUUGGGCAACCAACCCUUCCAUACCAGACCAUCCUUGUCUUCCUUGUCAGUGUUCGAUCCGACCGCCCUGUGCUGGAGCUGCCUCUCCCUGGCCAAUGCUUUUCCAUAUGUGGGGUAAGAGGAAGUAGGGUGAGCACCUGAGGUGGGGCAGAAGUUAGGAGAUGUUCUACAGGGGUUGAGCAAGAAGGGGCAAGAAGCACGUCCCUAUCUCCAUACCCCUUCCCAAGGUCUCGGAUGCUUGAGGCUGAACUCUUGCCAGGGCUCCUCUUGUUUACUCAGAUGGGAGCUGACACAUCCAAGGUCUCUGCUGACUCCACUUUCCCACAUGCUGCUGCCGGGCGCAUUCCAGGGCAGAGUGGAGAUCAGCACUGAGGCAUGCGAGAGAAGACUCGAGCUGGGGAUGCCAUUCCAUGCCUCUGGCCAGGCAGUAAGGAACAGGCACCACGCAUUGCCUCUGCUGGGGCUGGCAUGGAGCCUGGUGGGAAAGCAUGGAUGGGGAUCUGGGGAUGGGGAAUCUGCCUCUUGUCCAGAAAAGCUGGCUUAUUGCUGCCAUCCAGAAAGCUGCAUCUGCCGAGGGUUAACUGCUCUGGGCUCUGCUUUGCUCUGCUCAUGUGUGCACGCCCUCCCAGCCUGGCGUGGAUGCCUUUGGUUUUAGGAGGGAAGACCGCAGAGCUUUCAGAAAUAAGUGCCAGGAGAUAAAGAAGGGUUUCGAGGGCUGGAGCUGGAGAGCUAUGCUCACCCUAUCAUUUCAGCCACGCUCUCCUCUGAUGGGUCUCAGGGAUGCUCCGACCUCUCUCAGAGCAUCUGGCAUCUCUGCAUCCCUCAGGCUGCUGGAGGAGGACCACCACAACCUCUACUUCCCUGGGCUAGCCUGCAGCAGCCCCUUUAUGCCCAGCCCCAGCAUCUGGAAGAAGGGGCCUUGCCUCCCUUCUCAGCUGCUGCAGGAAAUGCAGAGCGUGGAGGUCAGGGGCCGGUGGCAGCUCCUCCCGUGGGGGCCAGCCACCCAGCGCGGGGUCUUGCAUCAUGCUGGAGUGGAGGAGGGGUAGAGCCAGGCUUUUCCUGUUUAUGUGACUCACCGACCCUCGAGAAAGGGAAAGGGCUUGGAAAGUGCCUUGCUCUUGGGCAGGCUCCAGCGAGCGCUGGGGAUUGCAUCCCUGCAGGAAGUCUUGGCUAACCCUAACCCUACCCCAGGGUGUGUAGGCAUCCAGCUCCUGCACCACAGAGGCUGGGGUUGCUGAGUUUGGGUCAAGGGGGGCAAGCUGGGGCUGGCUCCCUAGGAAGUGAGGCACGGCUCUUACUGGAUCCCAUAUAUAUGUGUUGGCCUUGGGAAUGCCGGGUGUGGAGGAAUGCGGUAGGGAAGUGUUCAUAUAACACAGCAUUUAACCAGGAUGGCUCCAGCACUUAGCAUACUGAAGGGCUGCAGAACCUCUUGUGUCACCUAGGCCACAUCCUGCAGGUUGUCUAUGGAGGCCCCAGUGGGCAAUCAGGGAUUCCUGGGGCUGGAAACCACCGAGCUGGGGUUUGUUACCCAAACCAUGAACCACAAGGCCAGGUGCACAGAAGAGAAGUUGCUGGUGAACCACAUCCUUCCGGAGAUCAACUUUAGUCCGGAGCAGCAGCUGGAAGAGACAGACGGUCCACGGGCAAAGCAAAACCCUUCCCCGGCUCCCCCAGGUGAGCAGCGGUCGAGGGGAGGCUGCCCCCGCCCCGCCGCCCUGGAGAAUGCCUCUCUCCAAGCCUGCAGCCUCUCGGAGCAGGAAGAGGAAGAAGAUGCCCUCUGGGAGAAGAUAGAGAGCGCACGGCACCAGCUGACCCGCUCCCUGAACCCUGCGAAGCUCACCCCGUACCUGCGCCAGUGCCGUGUGAUAGAUGAGCAGGAUGAGGAGGAGGUGCUGAAUUCAUGCCGAUUCCCUUGCAAAAGCAACCAGACAGGUUACCUGAUGGACAUCCUUCGGCGCCGCGGUAAGCGAGGCUACGAAGCCUUCCUGGAGUCCUUGGAGUUUUACUACCCAGAGCACUACACGCGACUAACAGGGAGGGAACCAGCUCAGCGCUGCUCCAUGAUCCUGGAUGAAGAAGGCCCUGAGGGGCUAAUGCAGUUCUUGCUGGUGGAGGUGAAGAAGAUGAGAGCUCAGAGGAAAGAGCACCUGCUGAAGGAACACCAGCUCCAGGCCAAGAACCAGACCCUGGAACAAGAGCAAGCCCGGCUGGAGCAGCGGCUGCAGGAGCUCCUGAAGGUGCAGGAGCGUUGCCAGCGACUGCGGGAGGAGUGGGACUCCAACAGUGUGGAGCUGCUGAGGCUGAAGGAUGAGAACUACAUGAUGGCCAUGCGCUAUGCACAGCUCUGUGAGGAAAAGAACAUGGCCGUCCUGCGGAGCCGUGACCUGCAACUGGUGGUGGACCAGCUGAAGUGCAAAGUCACCAGCCUGGAGGAGGAGUGCAGCCUGCUGAGGAAGCAAGCAUCUACCAUGCCCCAACGGGAGACAGAGGAGCGGGGCCACCCUGAUGCUGUGUCUGAACUGUGGGCUGAGAAUCAGCGGCUGACGGCAUCGCUGCAGGAGCUGCAGGGCAUGCUGCAGACUCCAGGAGAGGUCCCAGUGCCGGGUUCCGAGCAGAUCCUGCUGGACAUCCUGGAGCAUGACUGGAAGGAAGCCCAAGACGACCGACAGGACCUCUGCCAGAAACUCAACUCCCUGCAGAGUGAGCUGCAGUGGGCUGAGGAGCUUAGGGAUAAGUACCUACAGGAGGUGGAAGACCUGCAGCUGAAAUAUCGAACGCUGCAAAAGGACUGCGAUCUCUACAAGCACCGCAUGAACACGGUGCUACUGCAGCUGGAGGAGAUCGAGAAGGAACGGGACCAGGCUAUCCAGAGCAGAGAUGGGGUGCAGCUGCAAUACUCCCAGAGCCUAAUUGAGAAGGAUCAGUACCGCAAGCGUGUGCGGGCCCUGGAGGAGGAGAGGGACGAGCUCCUGAGCAAGCUGAGCCGGGUGGAAGGGCUGAACAGCACGCUGGAGGCACAGCUGCAGCGGUGCCGGGGCAACCGCAGCCUGGGCAAGAUGUGCAGCUCUUCCUACUCCCUCUGCUCCAACCUUAGCAGCACAUGGAGCCUGGUGGACAAGCCUUCUGACCUUACAAGCGGACUCACAGACCCGCUGGGUGUUUCUCCCAUCAUCUUCCCGGAGGACUCUGCCAUUCACAGCAUGGAGGGGACUCCUGACAGCGAGAAGGACAUCAACCGCCUCUCUACCUUCCCUUUCCCUCCUUGCAUUGGCUCCAUCCUUCGGCGGCAGCGUGAAGAUAGGUGCAUGCCCUACAAAAGCUUGUCCUGUGGCUCCUUUAGCAGCAUGGAAGACACAGCAGGCAACAGUUUUGUUAGCAUCCCACCUGGGGCCUUCUCCUCCUCUUCCAGCAGCAUCUACACCAGGGUGAAGUCAGAGACCUGCUUGUCCAUGCUUACCAGCCACCAGGAGAUCUCUAGGAGGUCACUGGUGGUGCAGCUCACGAGCAUGGGUCACCCCAGCAGCCUGUCACCCCGUGAGAAGAGGCUGGGAGCAGACAUCUCCAUCCUUGGAGGGAACAGGACGGGGAUUUAUGUCCAGUGGGUCAAGCCGGGCUCACAAGUCGAGAGCACAGGACUCAGGGAGGGGUGCCGGCUCAUCAAGCUGAGGGUCCCGUCACUGAAGGAAGAGGUGCUUUCCCUGGAGAACUGCACACGUGAGGUUGCCUACCUGAGCCUGCUGCAUUGGGAUGAGCCCUCCAGCCUUGUCUUCCAGCUGGACCUGCAAGGUAAGGCCCUGGCAGCUGGAUUUCCUUCCAGCCUGAGCUCUUUUCUUCCAUUUCCAGGCCUUUCACCCAGCCCUGGAGGGUACCAGCCUCUGCGGGAAGCCCUGGAAGAAGGGAAGAAGUUUUCUGGAGACUCCUUCUACAUCCGUACCAACCUGUCCCUCCUGGAGCCAUCAGACCCUUAUGCACUAUGUGUCAAAUGUCGGGAGAUCCUCCAUGUCACAGACACCAUGUACAAGGGGCGACUGGAGUGGUACUGCUCCCGCGUCGAUCCCUUGACCAUGCGGGACUUGGACAAGGGGACAGUGCCCAACUACAGCAGGGCGCACCAGCUUUUGAAGAUCCAGGAGAAGGUCCACAUACCUGGGCAGCAGAGGAGCCACAGAAAUAACCUAAAGAAACGGGCCUUGGACCAGCUGCGCUUGGUGAAAUCUAAACAACAGAAGAGCCCAGAACAGCCCUGCCAGCAGCUGUGGCUGGACCCCUGCUCAGACCCAGAGAGGAGCCUGAAGCCUUACAGCCUGGUGCACCCUGUGGUGGUCAAGACACCCCGUCCCGUGGUGCUGUCACCCAGCUGCAUCGCACCGCGGCUCAUCAGGAACCUGCUGGACUUGCCCACCUCUCGCCUGGACUUCCACGUGUGCCCAGCAGAGAAGCUGACAGAAGGGAACCCCAGUGCUGCCCAUGUGCAGGAGCCCCCUGUGUCUAGAAAUGCCCCUCAGGAGCGAAGGGAGAGCAGUCGAGUCUGCAUGAUCCGGGAGGCAAUGGAGAAGAAUAAACACUGCCUGCUGGAGCUGGGAGUUCAGAGUGUGAGGGAUCUAAUUAAACGUGAGAUAUACCCCAUUGUUAUCCACGUUGAGGUCACUGAGAAGAAUGUCAGGGGGCUCAGGAGCUUGCUGGGGCAGCCUGGCCAGCGGGAUGCGGAGGUGCUGAAGGCAUGCAGAGGUGCUGAGCGGGCUCUCCAUGCCCUGCCCUGCUCCUGGGCCCGCGUGGAGCCCCAUGCCUGGAGCCACGCAGAAGAACUGCCCAAGGUGGUACGGGGCUGCAUCUUCCAGGAGCAAAACCGCCCGCUGUGGGUUGAGGAUGGUGAUGACUGAACCAGGAGGUAAAGAGCCUUCCCCAGGAGCUGUCCUUCAGGUAGCACGUCCUCUCUCUCCAAGGGGAUGCUGGCAGCAAUAGGACCAGGUAGCAUUUAAGGUCCACUUGAGGCUAUGAAGAGUUGGAGAUGUAACGCAUGCUGACCCACCAGCCUGAGCUUUCCAUAUUUGAUUGGAGAGAAGUCUUCCACCUUCUCGCUGGACAUCUCACGGACUAUUCCCCAUCACCUUGAGCCUUUGGCUCUGGUACGUGGUGAGAUCGGGAACACGAGGAUAACAUGUGAGAUGAGGUUAAGCAAGAGCAUAUCUCACGCAUGCACAUGUUUAGUGCACUAAAACCCUUCUCUCAUCUCCUCUGUUGUCCCUCCUCUACCUCACCUCCUGCCCCAUGGAGCAGGAAACACAGUUUGUCUGCAAACACCCUGCUGCAGCCAGGCUGACACUAAGUUUGCAACCAACCCUCGUUUUAUGGGAGCUGUACUCUUUAUUGCUUGUAAAUUAUUAAUGGGCCCUUUUAUUGGCAACCCGUGUAUAAAGGAGAAUUAAAUACCAUUCAUAAUGGGAAUGGGA